GUCGCUGCCGCUGGUCCGCUAUUCGACUCACACCAUCGCCACUUGGUCUCUUGCCACUUAUCGUGUUUUUUAUAUUCAUUUUCUAAAUUCUGUGGUUUGUUGCCCCACCCCCCCUCAGCAUCCCCCUAUCACAUCCACCAUUUAUCGGAAAGGCAGAUACACGACACAAGUUACGGUUAGGCGGAGGUCGCUCGGGGGACGGGGAGACGGUCCCCUCCAGGCGCUGUGCUGCAAAAACAGGCGGACGGCCAGUCGUUUACCAUCCUUUAUCCGAAAAAGAAUAACUAUGUCAUUUCAUAACCAUACUCACGGCUGAAAGCGAGUGAGGUACGGGGGGAUUUCAUGGCAACGGGAGGAAAUCGGACGAAUGCCUUCAGAUGCUGCGAGCUUACUGCAAAGGACGGGGAAGCAAGAAAUAAAAUAAAAUAAACCGGGUUGCCUUGAACAGUGACACUACAGUGCAGGACGAAGGAUUACGUCAGUCCAUUCACCACUUACAAGAGGUCUCAAAGUACCAGCCCGCAGGAAUCAAACACAGAAUGAGAGAAGAGAGCCUGUGCCGACGACGGUAUUCCCUGUGCCCAACGACGAGCACGCCACAGAAGAUCGACCCCCGGACACUGACGCGGAACCUGUCGUACGCCGGGGAGCAGGACCUCUACCCCCUGAGCCCAGGCAGCGACAUGGAGAGGAAUGGACUGGCUAUGCUGAGGGACGAAGUCAGCCCUGUCCAGUCGCCAGGCAGCAAGCUGGAGGCCAGGGUAUUCAAUGGCCAGGAGAAGGAAUGCUCCUCACCCACAGAAAAGCUGGCCAGGAAGGAAUCUCUCAAAGUCCAAAAAAAGAAUUAUCGACAGGAGAAGAAAAGGGCAACCAGAGAACUAUUCAGCGCACUCAAGGACCCUAGUGUGGUCAUUAUGUCCAACUGGCUAAAGAUCCGGGGCACCCUGAAGAGUUGGACCAAGUUGUGGUGUGUCCUAAAGCCUGGGGUUCUCCUUAUUUACAAAACUCACAAGGUGGAGCACUGGGUGGGAACUGUCCUGCUCAAUGCCUGCAAGCUCAUCGAGAGGCCUUCGAAGAAGGAUGGCUUCUGCUUCAAACUUUACCACCCACUGGACAAGUCCAUAUGGGCCAUGAAGGGUCCUAAAGGAGAGAAUGUGGGAUCCAUCACACAGCCCCUGCCAAGCAGCUACCUAAUCUUCAGGGCAGCUUCCGAGUCAGACGGCCGCUGUUGGAUGGACGCCUUGGAACUGGCUCUCAGCUGCUCCAGUCUCUACAAGCUCACCUCCAGGGUCGGGCGAGAUGGAGACCUGAACACAUCCCCUGAGUCAUCCCACAUUCUCCACCUCCUGCAGUCUUCCCCCCUGACUGACCAAGACCUCCUUCAGUUGAAUGAGUCCAUGUUAGAAAACCACCACAUGGAGAAUGACGGCUAUUCUGACAAAUCAGAGCGGGAAGCCCACGAGGAGUCAGACACCGGGGCUAAUGAAAACGGUGGGCGGCUCACCGAAGAAAGUGAUAUGGACCAAUCAGAUGACCUUUCCCCUUGCCCGCUGGCUACUGCCUAUGUUGAACAAGGCCAAGAAGAGAUGGGGGAGGCCGGAGAGGCCUCCCAGGUGGAGACCGUCUCAGAGGAGAACAAAAGUCUCAUCUGGACUCUGCUUAAGCAGCUGCGUCCCGGGAUGGACUUGUCCAAGGUGGUCCUGCCCACCUUCAUCCUAGAGCCACGCUCCUUCUUGGACAAGCUUUCCGACUAUUACUACCAUGCCGACUUCCUGUCCCAAGCGAUAACUGAGGAGAGUCCUUACUGCCGGAUGAAACAGGUUCUGCGAUGGUACCUGUCAGGCUUUUACAAGAAACCCAAGGGGCUGAAAAAACCGUACAACCCCAUCCUCGGUGAAACCUUUCGGUGCUGCUGGCUUCACCCCCGGACUGAUAGCUGUACUUUUUACAUAGCAGAACAGGUAUCACAUCACCCACCAAUAUCUGCCUUUUACGUUUCCAACAAGAAAGAUGGCUUUUGCAUAAAUGGCAGCAUCCUUGCCAAAUCCAAGUUCUAUGGAAACUCACUGUCUGCUAUUCUGGAUGGGAAGGCCAGACUGCUGUUUCUGGCUCGGAAUGAGGAGUAUGUCAUCACAAUGCCAUAUGCCCACUGUAAAGGCAUUCUGUAUGGUACAAUGACCCUGGAACUUGGAGGGAAGAUCACCAUCAUUUGUGAAAAAACGAAGCUUGCAACUGAGCUGGAGUUUAAACUGAAGCCUUUCCUUGGUAGCUCCUGCAGCGUGAACCAGAUUUUUGGAAAGAUACGCUUGGGAGAUGACGUGCUUGCCACCGUCGAUGGACACUGGGAUGGUGAGGUGUUCAUUCAUGAGAAGAAGACGGGUCAUCAGGAGAUGCUGUGGAACCCGACUCUGGAUGUGCGGCAGCGCAGGUUGAAGAGGCAGGUGGUGCGGCUGGACCAGCAGGGGAUGUUUGAGUCUGAAAGGCUGUGGCAGCACGUGACCAGUGCCAUCAUGAGCCAGGAUCAGGAGCAAGCCACACAAGAGAAGUUCGUCCUGGAGGAAGCCCAGAGGCAGGAGGCCAAGGAUCGGGGCGACAAGCUCUGGAUCCCCCGCCUCUUCAAUCUGGACCCCGUGUCCAAUGAGUGGCAGUACAAAUUUGCAGACACAAAGCCCUGGGACCCCAGCAUCUGCCUGGUCCAGUUUGAGAAGGACGGCAUGAUCCAGACCAAGGAGAGGUCCCUACGCCGGCACAGUGGGCUCUCUUACAGCCAGAACUGGGCCGUUGAGCAGAAGGCCAAGGUGCAGGGUAAACACAGGAAGUCCAGCAGCCAGCCAUCCAGCUGCAGCCAGAACACAGAGAGCAGCAGCACCACACCAGAACCCACGCACGAGUCCUCCGACAAUGAAGCAUUUAUGACCCAGUGCACCAGAUGUAACAGGGAGGUGAAGGACAUUGCAGAUAUCGAGGCCUCCAUUGCGUCCAUCCAGCAGACACAGCAGGACAUACAGAGCAACCUGCAUGCGCUGACACAGCAGGUGCUCCAGAGGAGGCGCGCGGAGGAGAGCGCCGUGCUGGGCCGGCGUCACUGGUUCAUCCUGUGCGCUUUGCUCCUCCUCCAGCUCGUCAUCAACUAUGCGUCCACAUGAACCAGGGGCCGAGGGUGCACUGCAGCCACAACAGAUGCAGACUCACACUGCUCUCGAAUGCCUGUACAACAGCCCAAUGCCAUGGGCACCAAGCACUUUGGAGAGAGAGAGAGAGAGAGAGAGAGAGAGAGAGAAGGAUGAACAAUUUCAGCAAGGAUGACAGGAGAGAAAAUGAAAAAAUAGCAAAUAAAUAUUUUAUUUUUUAAGUGUGUGGCGAGAAAAUUUUAAUGUCAAUAGUGGACAUGCACUUUUAUACUCUUGCAAUACUUCCUGUUUUUAGUCUGUGUCAAGGCCUCGAACCCAAAGCACUUUCAUUCCUCUUUCCCUCCUGUUUAAACGUUGGGCCUUAAUGCUAAAGCCAAAAAAAGUCAAUAGUAGUAGAACAAACAAAAAAAAUAACAUGAACUUAAAAUAGUGCAAUUCUUAGUGUUUGUAUAAAUGUAUGUUAUGAAAAGUAGGGUAUUCUCUUUUAGCAAUGAUGACCAAAACAGUAUUUAUAAUCCUUAAAAAAAGAGUCCAUGUUUACAAAGUUCUGUAUGUAUAUACAACAUGUGCGGUUCCCUGGAAACCGGGAACAAAUCACACGCUGUUACUUAAGUAUAUCAUGAAGCCGUAACGUACAAUCAGUGGCAGAGGAGAAGGAAAUGAGGUGUCUUUAUCUUCGGCCAAUGAGAAACUAGAGAUGUGGGAGACCAGUGGCCUGUACUAUGCUGGUUACUCACUUAUCGAGGUUUAAGGAUUUAAGGUAGUCUGUACAAAAUGUCAUUGAACGAAUAUAAAGUCUAUUUAAACUGUGGUACCUUAAAUCCGACAAGUUACCGCGAUAAGCCAGUAACCCCGCUUCGUAGUACAGGCCACAGGAGGCCAAAGUGAGCACGUUUUCAGUGCUGCGGGGCGCUAUACAGCUUCCAUAGUCUUCAAAUAAUGUAGUGUAGGCAGUAUCAAGAGGGCCCAGUUAUGAGCAAUAUGAAGGUUAAUAUCCAGCUAAAACUGUCCAGGUUCAUUUAGAUAUUCUGUGGCUUACUGUGGUACGGUAUGGGGUUACCACAAUCCUAUCCUUCAUAUAGUUUAAGUAAUAAGUUACUCCAAAUUUGUGAAACUAGUUUUCAUCACUAAGAUGAACCUCAGUUACUAAUAAAAUAUCUUACCAUACAUGUUUUGAUAGAAAAAAAGUCACUCCAUUUAAAAUUCAUAUUUCAAUCAGACUUGCACUUUUGUUGGUUUCAUAAUUAAAUGCAAUAUUCUCGAGCCUGAAAAGGAGGAAUAAAGAUUCAUUAGGGUGGGGUUUCUGAGAUGCAAUACCUGCAAUGGCGGAACACUGCAGGAAAUCGUCGACGUUGAACCACCUGAUUGUUGGUGUCUUGCGCCACCUGGUGUCUUUUUCUCAGAUUGCAGAGCAGCUGUCCUGUUAAAAUGGACGAUGCGAAGGAUUAUUAGGGACGAUGACGUCGUUUGAUAAUACUUUUCGUUUUCCAUUCACUUCUCCUGUCAUUUAUUAUUUUUCUCACGAGCACAUAAACUGACUUGCAAUCUAGUUGCAAUAUCGGGAAGUAAGACGUAAUGAUUUCUGUGCUCAGUUAUUGUAUAGCACGAAAUGAACAAUUCACGUGUUGACUGACUGUUUAUAGUAAUUUUCAUUGUCAGCCUACCCAGGCAUGUUUUCCGCUAGCCCUGUCACACAGCUAGUAGCCUAUGGUUUGUACUCGAAAUAAAGCUUGUCUUGUGAAUGGAAAUGUAUUUAUUUGCACUAUUCUAACAUGUUCUAACACUUAAAAUAUUGGGUCAGUUGGAACAUUACUCAAGCGAGCAAAUGUAAAUCACUGACAUCUCGUAACAUUUAUGUUUCACACCAUUGCAGUAAAUGAUGUGCACUAUAAAAAUGAUUCCUUGUGUCUGUAAUACCAUACUAAUUUAUUGCAUACUCUAAAGCUGAAAUACUUUCUUAAGUGGAAUUGCUAAUAGUGGGUAUUUUUCCACGCAUGCAUAGCCUGCGUAGAAUUGUAACACUGGUACAGAAGAUAAGUUGCUGGAAUCGCCUACGAUUUUUGAACAUGAUACGCAGCUUUGCUCCGAAGUUAAUUCAUUUUUUGACAUUGCUUUUCUUGUGAAUUGAGGAUGAUCUUACCCGACAGUAUUAAACCUGUGUUGCAAUAAUCCUUGAA